AUGUCGAGCAUCGAGAUUGUGAAAACCUGGCUCAAAUCCACGCACGAGGCUCGCUACCCCCUAACUCCUCCGCCGGAAUACGUUAUCGCGCCGCACCCUCACAUGCGCAAGCGCAAGCGCGCCAUGUCCCUGCCUGCAAAUGCAUCCGGCACCACAUCUCACCGAGGCGAGAGCCCCAAGCGGCGCAGAUUCAACGAUACCGAAGAUGUUGAGCCUGCACAAAGCGAGUCGCAAUUUGGAAGCGAGAGUGUGCUGCCGCUCAAGGACAGCAACACAUUUCCACCACCGGCCAGUCGCGCUUCCUCCAACCCCUCGCGUGCCCGAAGUCCGACACGCGAAACACCCAUCAUCCUAAAGAGCGCAUCGCCGCCAGUGCUCACGGAGAGCCUCAACGGCCUGCGAGAACCCCCGCCUCAACACGUCGAACACCUUGGCGACUAUCUUGCUGCGGGCGUCGAUUUGCACUUCAUUCCCCAGGGCCUUGAGCAUAUAAUCAAGAAUGACUCCGAUGUGGGCCACCAGAUCAUCAAACCUGCAGACUUCAAUUCUGUCGAUCCGCGCUCUGUCGAAGAGCUAUCUGCAAUAUGGAGGAAAGUGAAGACAAUUUUCCUCAAUGCACGCGACUGCAAAGAUGGUGGUCGAGAUGAGAAUGCCUGGUGCGAUGAUGUAUUCCGGCCAUUGCUCAAACUGGCCAUACAGCUGUAUGGCAAGGAUCGAUGGUGGCUUCAAAGCGUGCAAUCGCAGUCGAUCGACCCCCGCUACCUGUCGACGGUCACCGCUCGUAGCCUCACCGAUCCCGCCCGGCGCAAAGCUAUCGACCGCAAGACCGAUUACGUCCUCUCAUACUCGCAUCGUCACCCAGCUACCUCAGCACUCUAUAAGGAACUCGAAGAGACAAACAUGGGAGACAUUGGGCAUACUAUGGACACAUUCACCAAGCGAACCGCCCUUUUCUCUGGCUUCGAAAUCAAGCCUGCGUCCGGCGACCAGACCGAGGCCGAAUUGCAGAUAAGCAUAUGGUCGGCUGCAUCUAUCCGCAAGAAGCAGGAACUUGCAAGCUUAGCCCAGCUUCUCAUCGAGCCUGCAGCAAUGGUCGAACCUAUGUUCACUAUUGUUGGACACGAACACCAUGUCUACUAUUGUUAUCCCCGCAAUAAUCUUGUUUCAGGGAGAAGUGGUGUGCACGUGCUUGGACCAGAUCUCGAUCGAUUCGAACGACUUAGUACGGAUUCUGUGCGCGGAAUCUUCCGAUUGCUCAGACUAUAUGGAAAUGUUUUGGUGUACGGAAUAGGCGAGGAAGAGAAUAGGUAUUGGGGUGGGGUUCUUGGGAAGACAUUGACCCGGCUAGCCGGAAUGUCUGAAGAGAAGGCGGGUCAUCCUGAUUGAAAUGAUUGCUCAUCAAAAGCUGGGCAAGCUUGUCUUGCUUCCACGACAGCAGAAAGCGACCAGUAUUCAGCUCAACAGACCACAACACAACGUUGCUAGCUACACCAUGAUGAAGCACCCUGGCCAGCGUUGAUGCCCGCAGAGCUAGAGGUCUAUUCUGCACUGUCUGCAGCGGGGACCUGCGGACUAUUGUUGAGGGUAGCCCUCUGUCUGAUUAUCUUAAUGUACACAGAGGUUUAGACAUGAAACACAGCAGCAACUAUUAUGCAAAUCUAGUGGUUGUCUGCAUUGUGCGUAUUAUAUCGUUC